AUGAUGCUCCAUGCAAUUCCCAUUCCCAAUUCCAGCAAUCCAUUCCCACAAAUCAAUUCCAAUUCCAUCUUUCUCCCCUCCAAAUCCCACGAUUCCUUCUUCACCGCCGUCUGCCGCGCCUCCGCCUCAAGUCAAAAUCCUCUGUUUCUGACCAACUAUGCUUCUUCCUCUGCUUCGUCGCCGCCGCCGUUGCCGUUGCCGUUGAGGUACGUGAGCAACACCAGUUACCCGUACGACGAGAACCAAGAUGUAAAGAGAGAAGAGGCUGAAUUUACUGACGACGGCGGAGGAGGAGAAGUUGAUGAGGAAUAUAUGGUGGAGUCGGCUUCCGCUGUUGCCGCCCUUAUUCGGAAAGUUUCCACGUCGCCGGUUGAGUUCGUGCAUAGAAUUGAGAACGCCGGCGGCGGCGGCGGCGGUGAUGGUGGAGGAACGGGAUUGGUGCUUCCCAGUGUUGACUUUCGUAGACUUUGUCUUGAACAAUUGAACCUCUUCCGCCGCAUCGUCCACCCUGAUGCCAUUCUCUCGGUCUAUGUAAGGCCAGCUGGUAGCUAUGUUAUGGAUCAACUAGAGUUGCGCCGCACUACAGUUUAUCCUUCUGUGGAUAAUGCAGCUGAUAUUGUGAUCCUAGUGGGUAAUUUUAGAAUCACAGCAGGGCUCAGGACUGUAGAAGCUGCCCUUUCAAGUGGGCAUGCAGAAUUUUUCCCUGAGCUUGGAUCAGUGGUUUUUCCCCUGGUGAAGCAUCCAUUUGUGGUAGGCUUUUUAGUUGCUGAGUUACCUAGGAUGACAUCUGGACGAGUAGAACCAGAACCAUCCCCAGCUCAAUCUUCUUUACCGCCUCCUAUCUGUGAUUCAAAAUUUUUGGAACUGCAAACUGGCAAUGGCAAAACCAUUGAGAUGUUUAAUCUCACAAGUGAUCAGAUAUUGAAUGCAGUCAAUAUUUCUCAUUCUCUUGCUAUGGCCUAUGUCAUGGAUCAGAAAGCAACGUUGCUUCAGCAAUCGUCCUGGCAAAAUAAUGUCAGAAUGAGUAGCCUGGUUGAACAAAUCCGAGGUUCUCUUUCUAGUAUUAGGACUUUGAGCAAAAUGCUUUCUGUUCAAGUGAAGAGAAGUGAGAUUGCUUUUGAUCUUGCAGAAGACAUUUUGGUGCAAGGUGAUCAUAUGCAAGAUAUCAUUCAACAACUUCAAGAUGCUGCUUACCUGACUAAGGCUAAUAUCAUUCGUAAUAAUGGAGGAAAUUUGAAGAAAAUACAAGAACAAUCUCAUGGUCAACCUACUUCAAGACUUCAAAAUUUACAACCUUACAAGGCAGUUUCUCUCACCUCAGCGACCAAGGAUUCAGAAAUUUCCAUGCCCCCUCUUGCACUUGCACCUUUACAGCAGAAAACAAUCAGAAAUCCAUGCAAUGUUUCUGAUGUUCUGAAUGAUCUGGUUGGGGCUGUUGAACCUUUAGCUCUUAUGCAGCAGAGAUCUCUAGAAGUAUCUGAAUUAUCUAAGCCUUCACAAGUUGCUGUUGAAGAGCCUGCUUUGCGGCAGGCAUUGAGCAACUUGAUUGAAGGUGCAUUGUUAAGAACAGAAACUGGAGGAAGUGUCGAAAUUGUUUCCACAGGAGCUCCAGCAGGUGGAGCUCUAAUCAUAAUUGAUGAUGAUGGGCCAGAUAUGCAAUACAUGACGCAGAUGCAUUCCCUCACCCCUUUUGGGACAGAUCUAUUUUCUGAAAACAAGAUUGAGGACAAUAUGACAUGGAAUUUUGUGGCUGGUUUGACUGUUGCUCGAGAGAUCUUAGAGAGUUACGGAUGUGUUGUUCGGGUUAUCUCACCACGGAUCUCUGAUGGAGGCGGUUCUGGUGGAGCCAGGGGAACUCGUAUAGAGCUUUGGCUACCUUAUUAUACAUCUGGGGCUACAGCUUCCAUGUGGAAGGUUUUGAAAGGAUGUGCCACUUGGGAUCAUCUGAAAAUUGGGUUUUGUGUUUCGGGUCAGAUUUACAGAAUUGGAUUGUGUUUCACUGAGUUUUGGUGUUUGCUAAAAAGUAGUACCUGCAUGAAUGGUAAUUGUGGAAUUGCUUCAGGCCUGAAGAAGGGAAAUUUGGUGCGCAGUCUUGCUUUGAAAAAGCCAAAUGAAACCAUGAGGAUCUUUGUUGCCGCAUUUUUUGGAGUUCUUUUGGGGAUCAUAAUUGGAAUAACAGUUCCGACUCUUUCAUCAACAAAGCUAAAUAUCUCAUCCAGCAUCAUUUGUGAUUUCACAAAUGCAGGGAAUGAAAUUAAAAGUAACUCUUCUCAAAUAAGUGAAGAUACAUCAUCUUUAACCGUUGUGAGCGAAAACCAAAGUCAAAACAAGAGUGAACUAUUAAAGGUUUGGGUCCCUUCAAACCCAAGAGGUGCCGAAAAACUACCCCCACACUUCGUCGCAAACGAAUCAGAUUUAUUUCCUCGCAGGUUGUGGGGUAAGCCCAGUGAAGACCUUACCCACAUACCAAAGUAUCUUGUGGCUUUCACUGUCGGUGUAAAACAGAAGCAUAACAUUGAUACAGCUGUCAAGAAGUUCUCAGAGAACUUCACCAUACUUCUGUUUCACUAUGAUGGAAAGACAUCUGAAUGGGAUGAGUUUGAGUGGUCUAAGAAGGCCAUCCAUGUUAGUGCUCGUAAACAGACUAAAUGGUGGUACGCCAAAAGAUUUUUACAUCCGAGUAUUGUUGCACCUUAUGAUUACAUAUUUAUAUGGGACGAGGACCUUGGACUUGAACAUUUUAAUGCUGAAGAGUACAUACGACUUGUAAAAAAGCACGACCUGGAAAUUUCCCAGCCUGGUUUGGAUCCUUCACGAGGUACAACAUGGGAGAUGACAAAGAGAAGACCUGGUCAUGAAGUGCAUAAAAAUACGACAGAGAAACCAGGCUGGUGCUCGGAUCCUAUUCGGCCACCAUGUGCAGCUUUUGUGGAGAUCAUGGCUCCUGUGUUUUCUCGUGAUGCAUGGCUAUGCGUUUGGCAUCUGAUCCAGAAUGACCUAGUUCACGGUUGGGGACUGGACUUUGCCCUCCGGAAUUGUGUUGAGCCUGCUCAUGAGAAAAUUGGAGUGGUGGAUGCUCAAUGGAUUGUUCACCAAUCUAUUCCUUCACUUGGGAAUCAGGGCCAGUCAAAGGAUGGAAAAGCUCCAUGGCAAGGGGUACGAGAAAGGUGUAGAAGAGAAUGGACAAUGUUCCAGACCAGGUUUUCGAAUGCAGAGAAAGCUUAUUACAUGGAGAAAGGAAUUGAUCCUUCCAAUAUCACAAAUCAUAGAAUACGGACAUAG